AUGACCCAUUGUGUGCACCUGCUGCAGAACACUCGUCCUCACAGGGCACCCAUCAGAGUGGCUAAUGGACUUGUGGUCUAUUCAGAGCUUGUGGGGGAGAUAGUGCUUAGGCCACUGAUCCAUGGACAUGCCAGGAGCCGGUCUGUGAUCCUCUCCAAUGUGCUCUAUGUCCCUGCUCUGUCACACAAUCUGAUCUCCACUACAUACCUGUCAGUUCACCAUGACUACACUGUGCUCAUGAAGGAGAACUACAUCCUGUUCAAGCGCAAUGGUGAAGUGUACUUUGUGGCAGAUAUCUCAGAGCAGGGCCAGGCAUUUGUGAGAGAGACUGGUUUCCCUUCUGCUGGUUCAGCACUGGUCUCUACAGCUGGGACUCUUCCCAUUGACCUCAGCCUGAUGCACAGGCGGCUUGGACACCACAGUGAUACCAAGCUGGUCAUGGAUAAAGAGCUAGUUACUGGUGUGAGGCUUGCCUCUGCCAGGAAGCCAGACCCCAUCUGUGAGCCAUGCCUCUUUGGCAAGCUGAAUGCUGGCCUGUUUCCUUCAACUGGUCAUCGUUCUGGAGCGCCUCUUGAUCUGAUUCACUCUGAUCUAAAGAGCUACUCUGUGCCCACCCGCGAGGGCUGGAAGCACAGGGUGACUUUUGUUGAUGAUCACACUGGCUUCAAGGUAGCAUACCACAUGAAGAACAAGAGUGAGACCUUUGCAGCCCUUAAGAUGUUUCAAGCCUAUGCUGAGACUCACUGGGGGCUGAAGAUCAAGGCAUUCCAGGACGAUAAAGGGGGAGAGUACAUGUCUAAUGAGUUCAGAGCACAUCUGGACAAGUGUGGCAUUGUGCACCGCCAUUCAGUCAGGGCGCGGCCUCAGCAGAAUGGAACAGCAGAGCGGUCUAACCGCACCGUUGAUGAGCACUCCACUGCCAUGUUACACGAAGCCAAUCUGCCCCCUGCAUUCAGGGCACUGGCGGUGUCUGCAUACAUCCAUGUGUGCAACAUGCACCCCACAGCUCGAGACCCCACCAGGACUCCCCAUGAGCUGUGGUUCAAGGCAAAGCCUGAUGUGUCUCAUCUUCGUGUUUGGGGAUGCCUUGCCUAUGUGCAUGUGCAAAGAGACAAGAGAGGUCCUUCUGGACAUCAUGUCCAGAUGUGUAUCUUUGUAGGCUAUCCUGCAGGGUACAAGGGAUGGUUGUUCUUCAACCCAGAGACUCGGAAACUCGUUAUCGCUGAGAGAGCAGUGUUUGAUGAGCGCUACUUCCCAGGCAGCACCCCUCAAGCUAUGAGGAGCUGUCCUGCGGCACCCCCCUCCUCCAUGCUGGUGGAUCCCCCUCGUGCUCCGGCACCGGUGUAUGUCCCUGAUGACAAUGGUGACGAUGAGCAGCAACAGCCGCCUGCUCGUCCUCUCCCUGCACCACGAGUUCCCUCUCCUGCAGCCAGCAGUGAUGAUGAAAUUGACUUUCUACGUCGAGCUCCACCACCUCCAUCUCCACCACCAGCUGGGGAUGCCCCGCUUCACCCUCCACCCUCGCCUCCUCCUCCCCAAUCUCCUAUUGGGGUGGCAGCUCGUCGUGCUGCUGCUGGCAUCCAUCGUGUCCCUGCACCACCUAGGAGGGCUCCAGCUCCGGCUGCUGCUCCUUCCAGGCGCACCAUGGCAGAGAUCUUUGAAGAGAUCCCUGAAGACCUCAGUGACGAUGAGCUGCUUCUGAAGUCAUCCUCAGCCCUCAUUGUGGCUCGCGAGGGUGACCCCUCAGAUCCUAAGCUGGCAGCAGCUCACGCUACUGCAGUGCAGUCCGUGUUGUUUGCUGUAGCCUCUGGGAACCCCAGGUCGUUCUUUGAAGCGUCCAAGCGGGAGGAUGGUCCACUAUGGCGCGCUGCAGCUGCUUCAGAGAUUGACUCUCUGCUCAGCAACUGCACAUGGGAUGUGGUCGACUUGCCACAAGGGGUCAAGCCAAUUCGCUCUCAAUGGGUGUUUGUGAUCAAACACAAGUCUGAUGGCACUGUGGAACGCUACAAAGCCAGACUCGUGGCAGAUGGUCGUGGCCAGCGCUAUGGCAUUGACUACCACGAGGUGUUUGCCCCCACCUUCAGACCUGCUACUCUGCGCGUCAUCCUUGCCCUCGCUGCCCAGAACAACCUCAAGUUGCGCUCCAUCGACUUCUCUUCUGCCUACCUCAAUGGGGACCUGGAUGAGGAUGUCUACAUGACUCAGCCAGAAGGGUUCCCCCAGGGAGAGAAGGGCCAGGUCCUGAAGCUGAACCGGUCCAUCUAUGGGCUGAAGCAGGCUGGCCGCCAGUGGCGCAUCAAGUUGGUUGCCAAGCUGACUGCCAUGGGGUUCAAGUGCAUCAAGUCUGACAGCUCCUGCCACAUCUACUCUGAUGGUGUGGUGCGCGUGAUCCUGCCCAUCUAUGUAGAUGAUGGCACCAUUGCUGCAAAGCAUGAUGCUGACAUUGACAAGGUCAUUGCUCAGCUGGGUACGGCCUUCAAGGUGCGGGAUCUGGGUCCCACAGAGUGGCUUCUGGGGAUCAAGAUAGAGCGUGAUGAGCACACUGGAGACAUCAGCAUCUCCCAGCGCCAGUAUGCUGUGAAUCUCCUGGAGCAGUAUGGCAUGGCUGACUGCAAGCCUGUGGACACCCCUAUGCUGCCUGGCCUGUCUCUGACCAAGGAGAUGGGAGCCAAGACUGAGGAGGAGUCCAAGCAGUUCAAAGGCAACUAUCUGUCUGCUGUUGGCUCUCUGAUGUACCUGGCCUGUCAGACUCGUCCUGACAUCUCCUAUGCUGUGGGGGUGUUGGCAAGGUUCAACAGCAAUCCUGGUGAAGAGCACUGGAAGGCUGUCAAGCACCUGCUUCGAUACAUCCAGGGCACCCUUGACUUCCGCAUUACCUACUCCAAAUCCUCUCCCACCCUCUAUGACCCUGCCACCCACAUCCAUCCUGACGACCUCUUCACCACCUUCACUGAUGCUGAUCAUGCUGGAGACAAGGACUCCAUGAAAAGCACUGGGGGGUAUGUCAUUAUGAUGGCUGGUGGACCAGUAAGCUGGAGGAGCAAGCUGCAGUCCACCAUCUCUCUGUCCACCACUGAGGCAGAGUAUGUGGCUGGUGUGGAUGCUGGGAAGGAGAUCAAGUGGAUGCGGAAUCUGCUGCAUGAGCUGGAGCAUGGUGUGUCUGGGGCUUCUCCCUUGAUGAUGGACAACCAGUCUGCCAUUUCUGUGUCCAAGAAUCCUGAACACCAUGGGCGUAUGAAGCAUCUGGACCUGGCACACUACUGGCUCAGAGAUGAAGUGGCCAGAGGGUUCAUUGAUGUGAAGUAUGUGCCAACACAGGACCAGCUGGCUGACAUUAUGACCAAGGCGCUGCCUCGGCCUCAGGUGGCAAGGUUGCGCACACUGAUGAGAUUGCGGGGGAGAGGCUGA